AUGUCGUUGAAGAAUUCUAAUUCAAAGGAUUCUUCCUAUAUAGAUGACUCCAAACAAAAUGUCAUUGUCAAUACAAAGGACGAGAGCCAAGAGGUAAAUGAUUCUGAUGACAGUAGUAAAUAUGCUAAUAAUAUGGAUCAAGAGUUAAAAUUGCAGAAAGUUAUGACUUCAAGACAUUUAUUCAUGAUUUCUAUAGGUUCCGCAAUUGGUAUGGGAUUAUGGCUUGGUAUUGGUUCUUCAUUACAUAAGACUGGUCCUGUUGGUGUAUUCAUCGGUUAUUUAGUCACAGGUUCAGUAGCUUGGGUAUUAAAUAUGUCCAUUGGUGAAAUUGCAACUUUAUACCCUGUUUCUUCAGCAUUCCCAAGAUGGACUGCUCAAUUUAUUGAUCCAAGUCUUGCAGUCACAGUUGGCUGGAUGCAUUGGUGGGGGAAUAUGAUUGGUGUUUCAAAUGAAUUGGUUGGUAUUGCAACUGUUUUGAAAUUUUGGGCUCCUGAUGUUAGUCCAGCUGUUUGGAUUAGUAUUGCUUUUGUUACUUUGAUAUUUAUUCAUGCUUUUGCAAUUAAACUUUUUGCAGAAGUUGAAAGUUUAAUGUCUGGUUUAAAAUUCCUAUGGGUCAUUGUGGCAAUUAUAAUUAUGAUUGUAAUUAGUGCUGGAGGUGCACCAAAAGGUGAUGCAAUUGGGUUUCAAUAUUGGAAAUCAUCACCUUUUAAUCAUCAUGGAUUUAAAGGAUUUUUGACAGUUUUACCUGCUUGUGUCUUUGCCCUGUCAGGUAUUGAAAUCAUUGGAUUAGUAGCUGCUGAAUGUAAAUCACCAAGAAAAUCCGUUCCUAAAGCUGUUAAAUCCAUUUGGAUUCGUAUUGGUCUUUUCUAUAUUUUAGGAUCCUUUGUGGUUACUAUAGUAUUAGAUCCAAAUAAUCAACAAUUAUUAGGUGGUUCAGGUGUGAAUGCAUCACCAUUUGUUAUUGCAGCUCAAAAUUCAGGAUUAUCAAAAUUCUCAGAUGCAAUGAAUGUAAUUAUUUUAAUUUCAGUCUUCAGUUCUGCUAGUGCAACUUUUUAUGGAUGUCCAAGAAUUUUAUUAGGUCUAGUUCAUUUGAAAAUGGCACCUAAAGUUUUAGGAAAAGUUGAUAGAAAAGGUAGACCUUGGGUUGGAUAUAUUUUCACUGCUUUAUUAUCGGGUGGAUUAGCUUAUAUUAAUUUAAGUAAUUCAGGUGCUACAGUUUUCGGAUGGUUUUCAAAUCUUUGUUCAUUAGUUGCCUUGUUAUUAUGGAGUGUUAUUUUCAUUGUAAAUAUUAGAUUAAGAAAAGCUUGGAAGAUUCAAGGACAUAGUUUGGAUGAAUUACCUUGGAAACAUAGAUUUUCACCUUAUACAGCAUGGUAUGGAUUAUUUUGGUCAAUUUUGAUUGUUGUAAUUGAAUUUUAUUUAGCAGUUUGGCCAUGGAAAGAUAAAUCAUCAGCUCGUAAUUUUUUUGCAAAUUUUGUGUCAAUUGUUUUAAUGUUCUUCAUUUACUUGGUCUCUAAAAUAUUUUUUUUCAAAGGUCCAUUAUUAAUCCCAUUGGAAGAAAUUGAUCUGAAAAAUGGUCAAGCUAUUUAUGAUGAAGAGUAUUUGGCCAAUGAAGAUGAAGAUUUGGGUGUGUUUAUAGGAGGGUUCUAUGACUUGAAACAAGCAGUGUUGAAGUCACACGUUUGA